AUGAAAAUGGCGCUCCUCGAUAGUCUGGCCUUUUCGCUGCAUCAAUCCGAUCGGAGGAGUCAGACGCUCCAACUUAAGAUCGCAGCACUUGGUGCCACUUCUCUCCAUAAGUAUCUCUCCGUGAGUCACUCAUUUCAAAACCUAUCAUUUUGCAACUUUUCUACCAGUUUUCUUGCAAGUUGGCCGAUCAUUCUAACAGUUCAUCUUCGAAUGCGCGUCGCAGUUUGGUUUCCUGUUCCGGUUAUUGGGUCAUCGUUUGCAGUUCCGGUUCUUCACACUCCGACUGAUCUACGAAGUGCAUGGACAUGCGAAGCAAUCGACGCAGCUGCCUUCCUUCCAUUCACUCAUCCUCAACUAUACCUCGCACUGCCCUUUUCAACAGCUUCACAACGAAGCAAAUUGUCCAUAUAA